AUGCAAAAGGUAUAAGAUCACAAAUUCCUUUAGCUUUUUAAUCCAGAAGGAGAAAUUUUUUUCAAGAAACUAAAGGAGAAAACAAUGAAGCCUAUCGCAAAGAACGUUGCAUUGGCUUUAUCUUUCUUCAUUUGCCUCUCUUUCUUCCCCAUUAUAAAUACUGCUGUUACCAAUCCCUUACUCACCGAAACCUGUCAAAAGGUUAAGAACAAGGAUCUUUGCACCUCAAGCCUUGGGGCCGAACAUGCCACCCAAGACGCAAAAGAUGUAGCCGCCCUCGCAUUGAUAGCUAUCAACGUUGCUUCCAACCAUGGCGUCAACACUUCCGUCUACAUCAAGAAGCAGCUCCUUGACGGUAAGAUUUUGGAACCUACAACGGAGCAGAACUUCGAAGAUUGCUCGGAAAAUUACGAGGAUGCAAUGCAGGAGCUUGACGAUGGGCUGGCAGUCACACUGUCGAGGGAUUUCAAACAAGUGAAAAUCGAGUUGGAAAGCGCCAUAGACGAUGCCGACACCUGCAUCUCCGUGCUGAAUCAAAAAGCAGGAAAAGACAAGGAACUGUAUGAGAAGACUAAUCACUUUCGCCAACUAAUCAGCAAUGCCUACGACAUUGCCAAUAUUUUGGCUCCAAAAUAAUCAUGUGCCCCGCUUAGCUUCAUUGCCUACUAUAAUUUAAUUAUUCCUAAUUAUAGAACAAGCUGUUGUGCUAUGUAAUUGUUGGAAAUGAGAGGCCGACUUGUCCAAGAACAAGAACCCUAUAGUUUGGAUCGAUUUGAACCCAUCGUUUUAAUUUUUCAUAUAAAAUCACUACUUUUUAUUUAAA